CCGCAGAGUGGGACGGACGACGUCGAUACUUACUACUUAUCAUUGCGAGCCCCGUUCCGGACCCUCUUCGCUCUCGCUCCUUUCCCCAGGUACCUAGACCUCGCUCCUAUUGCGACAAUUGAUAUUUCCAACAUGUUGUCCUCUGUGAGGACAGGCGCCUCAAUGGCUCUUAGAGCCCGGCCGACUGCCCAAAUCGUCCCCUUCCGCGCGGCCGCUGUCGCUUCCAUCUCCUCGUCCUCCCGCAAGGACGCCACGGGUGCCGUCGCCCCUGCGGGCGCACAGCACGGCAUCGCCAGGCGCGAGCGCAGAGAGGUUCCUCUUCCCAGCCAGGAGGGCACCAAGGGCGCCGUUCAAUAUGCUCUCACAACCCUCGACAGCAUCGUCAACUGGGCCCGCCAAUCCUCUCUCUGGCCCAUGACCUUCGGCCUCGCCUGCUGUGCCGUCGAGAUGAUGCACCUCUCAACCCCGCGGUACGAUCAAGAUCGUUUGGGCAUCAUCUUCCGUGCCUCGCCCCGCCAGUCGGAUGUGAUGAUUGUGGCGGGCACCCUGACCAACAAGAUGGCGCCCGCCCUGCGCCAGGUGUACGACCAGAUGCCCGAUCCGCGUUGGGUCAUCAGCAUGGGCUCGUGCGCCAACGGCGGCGGCUACUACCACUACUCGUACAGCGUCGUGCGCGGCUGCGACCGGAUUGUCCCUGUUGAUAUCUACGUCCCGGGAUGCCCGCCUACUAGUGAAGCGCUCAUGUAUGGCAUUUUCCAGUUGCAGAGGAAGAUGCGGAAUACGAAGAUUACGAGGAUGUGGUAUCGCAAGUAGAGAGCGUUACUACUGCUUGGCACCUGCUUGUCGUGGUCAUGGGGGGUUACGAAGUUUGGGGUGAGUGGUAGCGCGAAGAAGGGGUCGACGAAUUGAGAAGAUUGACGGGUGGUAAAAACCGGAAAGACAGCACGGUUAGAUUUGGUGGACGGACGGAAGAGCUCGAGAACAGCGGCUCACAAGAAGGAACUUCAGUGGGAAUUAGACAAGAUGUAUCAUGCUCAAAGUUUGCGUCUUGCUUUUUCUCCUUUAUUCGUUUAUAUGUUCAUCUGGCAAGUCUGACGAGGGCGAGAAAACGACCCAUCGCUCGACUGUAAAGUUCUCAUGAGAGACUCAAGUAGCCAAUCCUUGCUAUGAAAACAAGGAGAGAUUUUCGUGAC